GAGAAGUGUCUCAGAGACUGUGAAAAUCAAAUUAAAAUCCUCUGUUACAGUGCGUGCGACGAUCUGGUCCCCCCUCUCCUCUCCUCUCUCUCUCUCUCCGUCUUGUUCGUCAAUUUGUCUCCUUCUCUUCUUCUUCUUCUUCUUCUUCUCUCUCUCUCUCCGCGUACUCUACUUUCUUCAGAUUACUACUACUCCCCCUCUCUGGCGCCUUCUUCUCCUCCUCUGUUCUCGUCCAUUCACACUUUCCAUUUAGUGCUUCAAGGAUCUAACUUUCUCUUUCGUUUUCUUCGAUUGCUACAACCCUUUUUAUCAGACAUUACAAAGUGAAAAAGAGACUCUGUUUCUGUCUGUAAGCAGCAGCACCAUGCCUCUGUUUGAGCUUUUCAGGCUCUCCAAAGCUGCUCAAGACAAUAACACUUCUCCACCUGUAGAUGAAGUUGUUGAGCUUGUUUGGGAGAACGGUCAGGUUUCAACUCAAAGCAGAUCAAAGAACAUUCCUCCACCACAUCAAGGAACCUCUUCUAGGCCUAGAGAGAUCGGAAACGCCUCAAAGACGACGGUGAUGGACGAGAUCCCUAUGCCAGUACCUUCUCUGAUGAUGGGUUUGAGUCAAGACGAUGACUUUGUCCCAUGGCUGAAUCAUCAUCAUCAAUCCUUAGAUGGAUACUGCUCUGACUUCUUACAAGAGGAGGACAUGGCGUUGUUUCAGAGAAGAAACAAUGGCAAUGAAUCAGCUCCUCCUCCUCCUGCUGCUGCUUCUUCCUCUCAGUAUAACGGCUUUCAAUCACAUUCUCUCUAUGGAACUGAUAGAGCUAGAGAACCGUUAGUAACCACAAGCAACAAGCCUGGUUUGAUCAACUUUUCGCACUUCUUGCGACCUGCCACUUUGGGGAAGAGUACUAAUAACAACGCUGAUAGAUCUAAAGAGAAGAGUCCUCAAAGCCCACCUAAAGUGUUUCAGACCAAAGUUCUUGGAGCUAAAGAGGUUCUCAACGAUUCUGUUGCCUCUGCUAUGGCUAAGGAUAGCCAAAAGGCUUGCCUAGUUUCAGAAGAUUCCGGUAGAAAAGAGCAGGAGAGUGAGAAGGCUGUUGUGUGUUCUUCUGUUGGGUCUGGUAAUAGUCUUGAUGGUCCAUCUGAAAGUCCUUCGCUUUCUGUUAAAAGAAAGCAUUCGGAUGUUCAAGAUAUUGACUGUCAUAGUGAAGAUGUUGAAGGAGAAUCAGGAGAUGGAAGAAAAGAAGCAGCUCCAUCAAGAACAGGCACUGGUUCAAAGAGAAGCAGGUCGGCGGAAGUACAUAAUCUGUCUGAAAGGAGACGGCGUGAUAGGAUUAACGAGAAGAUGCGUGCUCUUCAAGAACUCAUACCAAACUGCAACAAGGUGGACAAAGCUUCAAUGCUAGAUGAAGCAAUCGAAUAUCUCAAGUCACUUCAACUUCAAGUACAGAUCAUGUCAAUGGCUUCUGGUUACUACAUGCCACCGGUUAUGUUCCCACCGGGUAUGGGCCAUUACCCGGCUGCUGCAGCAGCAAUGGCAAUGGGUAUGGGAAUGCCUUAUGCAAUGGGCUUACCUGAUAUGAGCCGUGCCGGUCCCUCGGUUAACCACGGACCACAGUUCCAGGUGCAGGGGAUGCAACAACCAGUGGGGAUGGCGAUUCCACGUGUUUCUGGUGGUGGUUUCUUCACGGGUUCUUCUUCAACGAUGGAGAUGAAUAAGAGUGACAAUGGUUCGACUAGAGACUUAUCAGGUGGUACAAAAGAUGAAACGACGACAGAGAACAACAAUGGCUUGAGACCUAUAAAGAGAAAACAGACGUCUUCUGAUCAGUUUUGUGGAUCGUCGUGACAUAAAACACAAACCUAAGGACUGAUACAUUUAUAUAUUAUCAAUAGCAUUCAAACAAAUCGACUCUAAAACCCAUAAAUAAAUAAGACUAAAUCAUGUUCUUCAAUAAUUAAGGAGCUUUUUGUUGCUUCGGUUCUCUAUAAUUUUCUUUUUGUAAAUAGAAAGACCUCGGAUUGAAAAUUA